AUGGACGCCAUCGAGCUGGACGACCUCUCGUUCUUCGAUACGACCGACCUCCACGACGUCGAGGACCUCCUCUUUCUGCCGCGCUCGGACGAUGCGCCGACGAAGCCCAAGAAACGCAUUCGGAAGCGGCACGCGGACGAGAUGCGCUACCUCCAGGCGACAGUCGCCGACCUCACCUCGCAGCUCUCGGUGCUCGAAGCCAAGAAGCUCGACCUCGUCGUGUGUUCCAAGUGGGAACACAUCGCGCGACGUCAGGCCGAGGAAGCCCAAGUCGCGAUUCAGAAGAACCAGCGGCUCAAGGAGGCGCUCGAGGAGCAGCUCCAUUUGGCCCAAAGCCUUCAAAAGAUUUUUGCCAAGAAAACAAAGGUCGAGGCACUCUGUGACGACGUCUUCGUGCCGUGCCAUCUCAGCAUGAUGGACCCGAUCGCGCGGGCCGCGAGCAUGCGCACGCUUCUCGAUGCGCAGUACGCCAAGCUCGAGUCGGCGUUUGUGCAAUAUGGCAUGGUCGACAUGGCAGCGCCGUACCGACGGACAGACAUCACAGACGAAGACGCGUACAGCCGCCUUCUCCUCACGCACGUGGGCGCGAUGGUUGCACCACGGCCGGUCGCGGCCGUUGCCGCGUCGAUCUGGGAUUUCCUGCAGCUCGAGACGCCCGUGGUCAUGCCCAGUUUCAUGAUGAAGCGACUCGAGCGCGUGGACGAGGACGUGAUUUACAUGCAGUUUGUCGCUUUUUGCCCCGGCAUACCCGACAUGCGUGCCAACUACUGCAUCGGGCGGUACAUGGACGGCGACCGCAUGUCAAUCGUGAUGCGAACGAUCGAAAUCGACGAGCCGUGCGCGCACCACGCCGUCUCGACGGGCGACUCGAGCCAAUGGAUGACGAUGGAGCCAACAGAAGGCGGCGCGUCGACGCUUAUUCGGUUGGCCGAGUACAUUCAGUUCCCCGACGCGCCGGGCCAGAGCCUGUCGCAGUAUGUCCUACAGAUUUUUACACGCAACCAAGAGGCACUCGAGGCGUUGACGUUUGCGACGCUCUUUCCAGGGAGCGAACGGCCCGCCAUGGGUUAA